AUGGAACGCACGUCAUUCGGGUCAGCAGCCGAGCCCCACAACCCCUGGACCACCGCAUCGGCAGGGCUAUAUACUAUCUUGAGACUUGGGGUGAAUGCUGGGCACACCAAGAAAAAGGUGUGGGAGGACGCCACUGUGUCGUCACGUGAGGACGCCUUCCGCAAGGGUCUCACAACUGGGCUUCGCGCACCGAGCGGCAAAGGUGGUCAGCUCAUUGUCCUCCAUGCUGGAAGCGAAAACGGCUUCGUGGAUGGGGCAUCUCUCGUUUUCCGGGCGAAAAAGAGUGUUACCAGUGACUACCACAAUGAAAUGGAUGGCCCACGCUUUGAGAGAUGGUUCAAAGAACAAAUUUUACCAAUUAUUGAGCCACGGAGCGUUAUUGUCAUGGACAAUGCUCCAUACCACAGGGUUCAGCUCGAGAAGUUGCCCUCGACGUCGUCGCUCAAGGCAGAGAUUCAGUCUUGGUUGACUCAAAGAAACAUCCCGUGGUCUAAUGACCAGUUGAAGCCCGAGCUCAUUCAGCUGGUUAACCAAAACAAGCACCGUUUUUCUGGAUACCGGAUUGAUGCCCUGGCCAAGGUUGCUGGUCAUGACAUUGUUCGGCUUCCUCCUUACCAUUGUGAAUUCAACCCCAUUGAAAUGGUAUGGAGCCAGGUCAAGGGGUACAUUGCAGCCAACAACACGUCGUUGACUCUUGCUGGAGUCGAAAAACUUCUGGACGAAGCCAUUGCCCUUGUGACUCCAGAAAAUUGGGCGUGCGACUGCGCUCAUGUGGUGCGUCUUGAAGAGGAGGCGUGGGAGCAGGAUGGUGCAAUCGAAAGCACGCUCGGCAGCAUCAUAAUUACUCUGGGAUCUGACUCCAGCAGCUGCAGUGACAGUAGUGACAGUGAAUUGAGUAGUAUAGAGGAACUCUGGGGAACCCGGUGUGCGCUGGCUCAUGUGUUGCUGAUUGUUUGUGAGAUGCUAUGUAUUCCUUUUUGA